AUGGAAGCCGCGUCACAUCGACACAGUAAGAGAUACGAAAUCGAGAAUAGGGUUAUCGGCGCAAAGCCUUGCAGACCUGGUCUGAUUCAUUGCCAAAAGUUAGAGGGUCUUUCUGAUCUUCUUCAGAUAGGAAAAUAUAGUCGUUCAGCUGUAGCACCGCUUUGGUGCAUAACUGCCAUGCCACCCGAAGGAGGCACGAGGGCUGGGAUACUGCCACGUUGCCCAAGCCUAAACAGGGAAGUCGAGAUGCAGGGGUCGGGUUCGAACCACGGGCCUCCGGUCAGUAAAUUCGUGCUCUAA